UUGUUUUGACUUUUGCUGUAAUCAGCUGGAGCGUGUUUUUUGAGGUUAUGUUUAUCAUCGUAAAUCUUCAUUGAUCUCAUAAAAUGUAUAAAAUAUAUUGUAAUUUUAAGAUAAAUAAAAGUCGCGUAUCGCAUUUAUUUUUGAAAGCUUGUACAUGUGAGUGUAAUAGUAGAAACAUACAUAAUGUAGGUCUAAAUGAUAUUCCCAAGAUAACAGUUACUGAUAUCCGCAAAUUAUUGAGACAAAAAGGCUUCGCUGUGCAAGAUGGAUUUACCUCACUAUCAACUAAAUGUUCCCUAUGCCAAGGAGAUGACAAAACCAAGGAAGGCAAAGUUUUUAUUAACAAAACAACGGGAUAUUUUGUAUGCCCCAAAUGCAAUGUCCAUGGUGACUGGAAUAUUAUGGAGAGAUUAUUGAAAAAGGUCAAAAUGGAAGCAUCUCUCAAAGAAUUCAUUGAAAAAUGCCAAAACAGCACAGAAAUGUUCCAAAAAAACUGGCAAGAAGUUGUAAACAGUUCUACCUCAAUAGCUGAUUUAAAUGAGACUGAAAUAUUAGACCUCUUUAGGUUGUUUGAAUAUCCAUACCACCAAGACUCAAGAAAGUUUUUGUCUGAAGUUAGAGUAUCAGCAGACCGAACAGUAUUAUACUUCCCACUGAAAAACUCUCUAGAUAAUGUAGUAGGCUACCGUAAAAUCCAGGCAGGGCAAGAAGAUGAGCCAGAGACUCAUGGGCUGCAUACCGCAGGACUGUUCUCUUGCAGAGCUCCGAAGGUGAGCCGUAGUGACCAGGCGAUCCUUGUCCCUAGUAUACAAGAUGUGCUACAUCUAGCAACGCAAAAAAUACCUGGUACUCUGGUAUGGCUAAGUAAUUGCAGUCUCCCUCCGAUAGUGCUGCCAACUCUCGAAAAUUAUCAAAAGCUCUGUUUGUGGGGUGACUGGGACAAUAUGAGAUCAGUUGCUGAAAAACUGGGUGAAGACAGAUGUAGAUUUGUAAGGCCUACAGAUGGACUGGUGACCGCGACCGAAGCCGCUAACGCACAACUAUCCCUGAAGACUCUUGUAUCGGAAGCUAAACCAGCCGCCCAUCGUUCAAUAACCACCUUUGCAGCGCUUCGCGAUGACGUCUACGCUGAAUUGACUAACAUUGAGAAGGUCAGAGGACUGAAGUGGCGUCGCUUCCCAGCGCUCACGAAACUACUGGGCGGGCAUCGGCGCGGCGAGCUCACUGUGCUGACCGGUCCUACCGGCUGCGGAAAGACGACGCUCUGCGCUGAGAUGUCGCUCGACCUUGCACAGCAAGGGGUGAAAACACUAUGGGGAAGUUUCGAGAUCCGCAACUCGCGGCUCGCCCGUACUAUGCUACAGCAGUUUGCAGGAGUGCCGCUGGAACAGAACCUGCAGGACUUCCACAAAUACGCAGACGAGUUCCAGAAGCUGCCCGUUUACUACUUGGCCUUCCACGGGCAACAGCCGAUCAAAGUCGUCAUGGAGGCGGUGGAGCACGCGCGUUACAUGCACGACAUCGCGCACGUGAUCGUGGACAACGUGCAGUUCAUGCUGGGCCUGGGCGAGGAGCGCGACGGCGACCGCUACCACCGCCAGGACGCCGUCAUCGCCGCCUUCCGCACCUUCGCCACCGCGCGCCACUGCCACGUCACGCUCGUCAUGCACCCUAGGAAGGAAAGAGAAUCAGAAGACUUAUCAACCAGCUCAAUUUUUGGCAGUGCAAAGGCGUCGCAGGAAGCUGACAAUGUUCUUAUCGUCCAGGAUAAACGUUUAACAGCAGUUCGUGGCAAAAAAUAUUUGCAAGUCGCCAAAAACCGGUACAGUGGCGACCUAGGAAUCGUACCUUUGGACUUCGACAAAGAUUCUCUCAGCUAUCAACCAAAGAAAAAGAGUAAAAUGAAACAAGAGGAGCCUGAUAAAUUGCUCAACCAAUGUUUCGAAGAGUUUUCCGUAGAUGACCCGCACUAUAUCGCCGAUUUCGAGGAUAAACUUUCGAGAACCGAUUCUGGUUACAGCAAACAGAAAGUAAGAAAUAAAAAGGAAGUUGAUAAUUAUUUAAGCGACAUCUUGAACUUAAACAGGACUAGGUAGCGCACGAAGUGUGAAAUAUUUAAUAAUUUAAGGAAAAUUGUAUUUUAAAUAAUAAGUUAAACAAGAGAAUAAAAUAAGUUAAGUCACAAAAAAAA